AGGUAGGGCGUGCGCCCUCCGCCAAUUUCUCGGCUCGUGGCGGGCGCGCGUGUGCCCGGCCCGCAGUCCGCCUGUCCGUCCUUCCUUCUGACUCUCCUGCCUCGCGCCUGUCUCUGCAGAGGUCACAGGAGGCGGGGGCCCAGCACGCGUCCCCAGCGGCAGCGGGCGCGGCAGCUGCGGGUUCGCGGAGCCCCCACGCCCUAAGGGCGAGAGCAGCGCGUGGCGGACCAAAGAGAGCCCGCGAGCGGCCGCGCGCCCACCAAUAGGUGCGGGGCUCGGAGCCGCCCAGCCUGCGCCGUCCCUCCCUCCCUCCUCCGCCCCCGCCGCCGCGGCCGCCUCCGCCUCCUACCGCUCCUGCCUCAGCUCCUCCACCGCGCGUCUCGCACUCUGAGAGCCGCAGCGGCAGCGGCGCGUGCAGCCUGCGGAGAGCCAGGCCGGGGACGCAGACCGGCAGCCGGCGAGGGCGCACGCCGCAUUCCCCCUACCCCAGUCCCCGGCAGCGGCAGCUGCUGACCCGCCGUCGCCAUGGCCCGCGGAAAAGCCAAGGAGGAGGGCAGUUGGAAGAAAUUCAUCUGGAACUCGGAGAAGAAGGAGUUUCUGGGCAGGACCGGUGGCAGUUGGUUUAAGAUCCUUCUGUUCUACGUGAUAUUUUAUGGCUGCCUGGCUGGCAUCUUCAUCGGAACCAUCCAAGUGAUGCUGCUCACCAUCAGUGAAUUUAAGCCCACAUAUCAGGACCGAGUGGCCCCGCCAGGAUUAACACAGGUUCCUCAGAUCCAAAAGACUGAAAUUUCCUUUCGUCCUAGUGAUCCCAAGAGCUAUGAGGCAUAUGUACUAAACAUAGUUAGGUUUCUGGAAAAGUACAAAGAUUCAGCCCAGAAAGAUGACAUGAUUUUUGAAGACUGUGGCAAUGUGCCCAGUGAACCCAAAGAACGAGGAGAGUUUAACCACGAACGAGGAGAGCGGAAGGUCUGCAGAUUCAAGCUUGACUGGUUGGGAAAUUGUUCUGGAAUAAAUGAUGAAAAUUACGGCUACAAAGAGGGCAAACCGUGCAUCAUUAUAAAGCUCAACCGAGUUUUGGGCUUCAAACCUAAGCCUCCCAAGAAUGAGUCCUUGGAGUCUUACCCAGUGAUGAAGUAUAAUCCGUAUGUCCUGCCUGUUCAGUGCACUGGCAAGCGAGAUGAAGAUAAGGAAAAAAUUGGAACCGUGGAGUAUUUUGGACUGGGCAACUACCCUGGUUUUCCUCUGCAGUAUUACCCCUACUACGGGAAACUCCUGCAGCCCAAGUACCUGCAGCCCCUGCUGGCUGUACAGUUCACCAACCUCACCAUGGACACUGAAAUUCGCAUAGAGUGUAAGGCGUAUGGUGAGAACAUUGGGUACAGUGAGAAAGACCGUUUUCAGGGACGCUUUGAUGUAAAAAUUGAAGUUAAGAGCUGAUCACAAGCACAAAAUCUUUCCCACUAGCCAUUUACUAAGUUAAAAAAGAUACAAAAACAAACCUACUAGUCUUGAACAAACUGUCAUACGUAUGGGACCUACACUUAAUCUAUAUGCUUUACACUAGCUUUCUGCAUUUAAUAGGUUAGAAUGUAAAUUUAAAGUGUAGCAAUAGCAACAAAAUAUUUAUUCUACUGUAAAUGACAAAA